CCGCCCCGGGGCCGCCCGGCCCGGCCCGGCCGAGCCACCGCCUCCCGCCCCUCGCCCCGCCCCGGCCGCGGCCCGACCCAGCGGGAGGAAGAUGGCGGCGCUCAUCCCCCUCAGCCAGCAGUUUUCUACUGGGAACCCAAUAUACGAAACUUACUACAAACAGGUAGAUCCAACAUACACGGGGAGAGUUGGGGCAAGUGAAGCUGCUCUGUUUCUUAAAAAAUCUGGUCUCUCUGAUAUCAUCCUUGGAAAAAUAUGGGAUUUGGCUGACCCAGAGGGGAAAGGAUACUUAGAUAAACAGGGUUUCUACGUCGCGUUGCGCCUUGUGGCCUGUGCACAGAACGGCCACGACGUCAACAUGAGCAGCCUCAACCUGACUGUGCCACCCCCUAAAUUUCAUGACAGUAGCAGUCCUUUGCUGAUCACACCACCUUCAACAGAGACUCACUGGGCUGUCAGGGUGGAAGAAAAAGCAAAGUUUGAUGGUAUUUUUGAAAGCCUUUUGCCAGUAAAUGGUUUACUUUCAGGAGACAAAGUAAAACCAGUACUGAUGAAUUCAAAGCUACCUCUUGAUAUCCUCGGAAGGGUCUGGGAUCUCAGUGAUAUUGAUAAAGAUGGUCACCUGGACAAGGAUGAAUUUGCUGUGGCAAUGCAUUUGGUUUAUAGAGCUCUUGAGAAAGAGUCAGUCCCUUCACAAUUGCCCCCUUCUCUCAUACCACCUUCCAAAAGAAAGAAGAUGCCGGUGUUCCCUGGAGCAGUUCCUGUUCUCCCUGCGAGCCCCCCACCCAAGGACAGCCUCCGUUCCACCCCCUCCCACGGCAGUGUCAACAGCCUGAACAGCACAGGGAGUCUGUCCCCCAAGCACAGCAUCAAACAAGCACAGCCAGCUGUGAACUGGGUGGUCCCAAUGUCUGAAAAAGUGAGAUACGAUGAGAUUUUCUUAAAAACAGACACAGACAUGGAUGGGUUUGUGAGUGGCCAAGAAGUAAAGGACAUUUUUAUGCAUUCAGGUCUGUCUCAGAAUCUCCUAGCACAUAUAUGGGCUUUGGCAGACACGAGACAGAUGGGGAAGCUCAGCAAAGACCAGUUUGCACUUGCCAUGUAUCUCAUUCAACAGAAGGUCAGCAAAGGGAUUGAUCCUCCCCAAGUGUUAUCCCCAGAUAUGAUCCCUCCCACAGAGAGGAACACUCCCAUCCAGACUCUGUCAGGUUACUUGACCCCUGUAGGAACUGAGAUCUCAGCACUCACAGAGAUGCGGCGUGACAGUGCAAGUUCUGUUGGAUCAGGAGAAUUCACAGGAGUGAAGGAACUGGAUGAUAUUAGUCAAGAAAUUGCUCAGCUGCAGAGAGAAAAAUAUUCACUAGAGCAGGACAUUAGGGAAAAGGAAGAAUCAAUCAGACAGAAAACCAAUGAAGUUCAGGAACUGCAGAAUGACUUAGACAGGGAGACAAGUACCUUGCAGGAGCUGGAGGCUCAGAAACAAGAUGCCCAGGACAGGCUGGAUGAGAUGGACCAGCAGAAAGCCAAGCUGAAGGAUAUGCUCAGUGAUGUCAGGCAGAAAUGCCAGGAAGAAACCCAGGUGAUUUCAUCACUAAAAAUGCAGAUUCAAUCUCAGGAAUCAGAUUUAAAAUUACAGGAAGAUGACCUUAACAGAGCAAAAGCAGAGCUGAAUCGCCUGCAGCAGGAAGAGACUCAGCUAGAGCAGAGUAUCCAGGCUGGAAAAGUGCAGCUUGAAACAAUAAUCAAAUCUUUAAAAUCAACACAGGAAGAAAUAAACCAGGCAAGAAGUAAACUUUCCCAACUGCAGGAGAGCCACCAGGAAGUCAACAAGAGCAUAGAGGAAUACAAUGAAGCUCUCAAUGGGAUCCAUGGGGGCAGCCUGACCAAUUUAGCAGAUAUGAGUGAAGGCCUUGGACAGACAGAAAGAAGCAAUUAUGGAACUAUGGAUGAUCCAUUUAAGAACAAAGCCUUGAUGUUUACCAAUAAUACACAGGAAUUGCAUACAGACCCAUUCCAGUCAGAAGAUCCUUUCAAAUCUGAUCCAUUUAAGGGAGCAGACCCCUUCAAAGGCAGUGACCCAUUCCAGCAUGAUCCUUUUGCAGAACAGCCACCUGCCCCAGCAGAUCCCUUUGGAGGUGAUCCCUUUAAGGAAAGUGACCCAUUUCGGAGUUCUGCCCCUGAGGAUUUCUUCAAGAAGCCAGUGAAGAGCGACCCAUUUACCUCAGAUCCAUUCACAAAACCCCCUGCUUUACCCUCAAAGCCUGACCCUUUUGAAAGCACUGAUCCUUUUACGUCUUCCAGUAUCUCUUCAAAAGGUCCAGAUCCAUUUGGAACACUGGAUCCAUUUGGAAGUGGUGCUUUCAGUAGUGGGGAGGGAUUUGCAGACUUCAGUCAGAUGUCAAAGUCAGCAGCUCCUGACCCCUUUGCCUCCUCUUUUGGAGGGGUGGGAUUUUCAGAUGACCCUUUCAAAAGCAAAUCAGACACACCAGCGUUACCACCCAAGAAAAAUGUCCCUCCACGACCCAAGCCACCCAGUGGUAAAAGCACUCCUGUCAGCCACCUUGGGCCUGCAGAUUUUCCCAAGCCCCAUGAUCCAUUCCAGCCAUUUGGGGCUGACAGCAGUGACCCGUUUCAAAGUAAAAAGGGGUUUGGGGACCCAUUUAGUGGAAAAGAUCCAUUUGCUCCCUCCUCUUCAAGUAAAACUUCUAAAGACUCUUCCUUGGGGUUUGCAGACUUCAGCUCUUUUGGAAAUGAGGAGCAGCAGCUGGCCUGGGCCAAGAGGGAGAGUGAGAAAGCAGAGCAAGAAAGACUGGCCCGGUUGCGGAGACAAGAACAAGAAGACCUCGAGUUGGCCAUUGCCCUCAGUAAGGCUGACAUGCCAAACUCCUAAAAGAGAGGGGCUUGGGCUCCACCCUGUCCAAGAGAAACCUUGGAAAAUGGCUUUUGGUAAAAAUACUAAACCCUUGGUUUCUGUUGUGAAAAUAAUUUUAGUCACCUUCAGAUUUAAACAAGACCUGGCUGGGGGCGUCCGCCCGGGCUCUGUGUGGCUUCUCUCAAGUGCAUAAUCUGCAGGAAACACUGUAAUAAGCUGUAUUAUAUGUUCUAGAUAAAAAUUUAUUGCUUGUAAGAAAUUUAACGUAUAAUCCUGAGAUACCGAAAGUUUUCUUUUAUCUGGAAGACAAAUGUUGCACGUAGGAAACUGCAACGUGUGAACCUGGCUUUUUAUAACCUGAAUUCCAUUGGGGGUUUGGAGGCUGCAGAAAAUGUCAUAAAAAAGAGAAUAUUUAUAGAAUUAGCUUUCACUUGUUACGUUUAUUUAAUAAUUCAUGGUAGCCUAAUCAGUUUGUCACCUGCAUCAUCUGUGUCAAAGCAUAAAUUCAUUAUUAGAUGGUCCCUUUUAAUCCAGAAGAUGUGACUUUUACAAAAGAAUCUAGCAGUUUAUAUAUGAUGGAUACAAACAGUGAACUGUGUAAAAGAGUACAGACUUGAAGACUUUAUGAAUGAAUAGUUCUAAUUUAAACAUUUGUUUGCAUUGGGUUUUAAUAAUUGUAUGUGACGUGGUGAAAGAGGGAGCUCGUUCAGCUGUAGUAAAUUGGAUAAAUCAUUUGGCAGUUCAAUUAUGAAGUAAAAUUUUGCUGUGUCAUAAGCAAAGGGUGGUGAUACACGUUUGGGUGCUGCUUUCAUGUGAAAUCAGGAAAUCAAGCAAUGGAAAAAUGGCCAAGUUUGAGGAGUGUCCAUCCCUACAACCCACUGUACCCUCAUUUGCUCCAAUGCCAGCACAACAGCCCGAGCUGUGUCCCCACCUCUGCUUCUUUAAUUCCACCAGUCCUAUGGGGUUACAGAUCAAACCUGAGUUAGCUGAAAUAAGGCCAAGUUGAAUCAGUUUUUAUUUGCCAAAUACAUAUUCACACAUAAGUUCUGGCAGCACUGGUGCUCUGGGUUGGCUCUGAAAUCCAGUUUGCAGCACCCAGAGCAGGUAGGGGCAGGUUUUCUGUGCACUGACUGCUCCCACCUGGGAAGGGCAGCACAGCAUGUGUCUGGCAUGUCAUACAGAAAAUAAGGCUGUGAAUUCUUUACUUACUAAAAAUGCCUUUUCUGAUUACAGGAAUUCUAAAACUACAGUUGUCUUUGCCUUGGACUUUUCUGUCUCAUAGAGUAGGGAACCUACCACAACAUUUUUACACAUCCUCAGUCUUAUUUCCUGCCCUGUGGGAAUACAAAGCUUAACAUUCUGGGGUUUUAGUGAUGCAGCCCUUAUCUUACAACAUUUUCUCAGUUUUUUGGUUUGUUUUUUUUAAUGUGGUAUUCCUUCAUCACCUUUAAUGCAUUUCUGGUUUUUAUGUCCUUGCUUCAGUUACCUUUAUUUUCAUAUUACAACAAUAGUGCCUGUUCAGUGGAUGCAAACAACCUCUCCCUGCUGUGCUGUGAUUGCCUUAUUCUGGAUGCUUUCCUGAUGCAGAGAUAAGAAUCAGAUUGGGUCAUUUUAAGCAUCUUGGUAGUUUUCAGCUCUGAAAUGCAGCCCAAGAUGUGCCAUUUGUGGUCUCAGGCUUUGGGGUGGUGGGUGAGUGUGCAAACACACACAUCCAGCCACGUUUGGGGUGUUGUUUUUAGGAGUCACAAUUCCCUCUUUGCUGUGUGUCUCCUGUGCUAAUGGUACUACAAAUAAUGUGAAUCUUUAAUUCCCCUUAAAAAGGGAGAAGAUGUAUUUCUAAUAUCAAAACCAACCAUGUAAUCAUCUUUAAUACUCUCCUUUAAUGACCCCUUUGGGAUGCACUUCUAAUUUUACAGAAUCUGAUUUGAAAUCCCUUCCCAUUGUGGUAAUUUUUCUCUAAAAUCUGUAGGAUUAAAUGAUCAAACAUACUAAAAUGUUGAAAAAUUCUCUUUUCUGUUGGUGUGCAGGACUUGAAGUCUCUGAGAGCAAACUUGGGUCUGCUUGUAACUAACAUGAGAUAAAAAGAGCAAUUUUCAAAAGCAAGUGGCUGCAGGAUUCCCAGGGAAGUUAAACAAACUAUCCAUGUGUAAGAUUCUCCUUCUCACUUGGGCCUGAGUCCUUGUGGGGUCUCUUUUGCUACAGUAAAACCCCCUUCACGUGUGUGGUGCCCUUUGAGAAAGGAAACCCACUCCUGGAGCUCUGCUGGGAUGGUGUCACUCCAGUGGGACAGGGUGGAUGACUUAAUAGCUUGAUUAAUUCUCAGAGUUAUGCACCAUAACAAGAUUUCCUGCUGCUUUGUCAGGGCUCUAAAAUACUGUGAUUUAUAAUUCUUCUAAGGCAAUGAGUUGGUGUUUUCAAGAUGUUCAGCAGGAAGGCAGAAAUGUGAAUUAAUCCAGCAUUCCAUGUAGUGUUAGAGCUCAUUUUCCUGUUUCCUUAUUGACUCUUCCUCAUAUUUGCUUGGACAGUAACUGCAGAUCAAUGAACCAGGACAGAACAUGUUCUCUAUGCACAGUGUAUUAGAUUUAGGAACAUUAAGUUUACUGAAACACUCUUGAUUCAAAAUGUUGGCACUGCAGUAGAAGAAAACUUUGCUGUGAUUUCUCCCCUUGGUAUUUCAUACAUUUUCCACAUAAAAAUGAAGAUUCCCCACGGUGUUUCCCUCUGCUGUAACUCAGUGUUUGUACAAUACCUGCACUUGUUCUUUAAGGCAAAACUUUAGUGCAAGACAUUGCUCUUCUUCCUCCAGAACAGUGAAAUUUAAAGCACAAACAGGCCUGUUGCUAUUUGAGCAGAGAAAAUAUGUACAAUGCAAGAGCUGGCAAAUGUGAGUAUCCCCAGUGCAUAUACAGUGUACAGUGAGAUCCAUAUUAUCUGUGUCUAUGUGUAUAUAUAUAUAUAUAGUGUAUUGUAUAAUGUAAUAAUAGUGUGUGUAUAUACUCCACAUGUCCACAUGCUCUGUCCAGGGUAUAGUUCUUUGUGCUGUACAUAAACUGUGUAUAUACAAUGAAUAUGUGGAAUAUGCAGAUAUAUUCUACAUAUUGAAGCUGUGUGUGUGUGUGGAUUCUGUAACCAGAGAUGGGUACAGAAAUGGAAUUUGUACAGAAACACAGAUUAGCUCAUGGCUCUGAGAAUUUCAAAGUUCUGGUGAAAGAAAGAAAGGAAAAAAAAAAA